AUGGCUCGAAUAAAACUGAAGACACUAGAGCAGUACUUACAGCAGAUAGAAGUAUUUGAUAAACCCAAGAUACAUCUGGAACAGUAUGCAACCACACCUCACCUAGCAGCCUGCAUGCUCUACACUAUCCAGAGUAGCUAUGGAGACCUGGAGGGGAAGAUGGUGGCGGACCUAGGCUGUGGUUGUGGUACCUUGACAUUUGGCUCAGUGAUGCUGGGUGCUGGCCUGUGUGUGGGGUUUGAUAUUGACGAAGAAGCUUUAGAUAUAUUCAAUGGCAACCGUGAAGACCUUGAGAUGGAGGGAUGUGAUGCGGUUUUGUGCAACGUAGUUAAAGACCUCGGUGAUCGCUGGGACAAUUGUUUUGAUACAGUGGUGAUGAACCCUCCUUUUGGAACAAGACAAAAAGGAGUGGAUAUGGAGUUUGUGAAGGUCGGGUUGAAACUAGCUAACACAGCUGUGUACUCUCUGCACAAGACUUCUACCAGACGCCACGUCCUGGCUGCUGCCCGAAGCUGGGAAGUAGAGGCCAAAGUUGUGGCAGAACUUAGGUUUAAUCUGCCUCAAACUUACAAGUUCCAUUCUAAAAGCUCUGUUGAUAUUGAAGUGGAUCUCGUACGAUUUUGGUUCAGUAAACCAAAAACAUUGUGUGAGUUUAUGAAAAGUUAACAUAUGUAAUGUUUAAGAUAUAUAAACAACAUUGACUGAAAAUAAAUAUUUUUAUAGAUA